AUGGACUUUGCUUAUGUAGCUUUGCAGCGAGGAGACAAAGAAUAUGAGUUUAGGACACCCUGCCAUUGUACUGUAGUCCCAAAGAUAAGACUGAAAGCAAAUUCCUAUAAUCAAAAUAGCACAAAGCUUGUGCCUCCACUUAAAAAUUCCACUAUAUCCCUCUUGUUGACUCAACCUCUCCACCCAGUUCUCCUGUGGAGUUUGCAAUUCAAAGUAACCCUUUUCACCCAUUUUACAGAGCAAUCCCGAGUGCAGAAGCCUACUGUGGAACCAAAGAGAAUUAGUAAGCCUCCAAUCUAA